GAGAGGAGGAGGGGAGGGGAGGGAGGAGAGAGCGGGGGGGAGGGAGGCAGGCAGGCGAGAGAAGGGGAGCUGCUUGGAGCCCGGACUUCCCAGAGCCAGCCAGGAGCGCGCACUCAGCGGCUCUCCGGGUCCCCGCCGCGCCCCGCCGUCCCGCACCUCCCUCCUGCUCCUCCCGGGGUACCCCUCGCCCCCUCCCUCCAGCAGCUGCUACGUCCGGGCCAGCGGCCGCCCCCCAGCCCCUCUCGGCCACAUCCCCAACUCUGCGGACUCACUCCCGGGACGCGCGUCCUCGCCCCAUCCUUUCUUCCUUCCUGCCUUCCCUCGCGCCCGCCCGCCCGCCCGCCCUCUCCAGGUCUCCCUCUCGGGUCGCGAUUGUCUCCGUCCCCUCCGCGCUGCGCCGGCGCCUCGCCCUGCCCCGUCUCCCCUUCGCACUUCCUGAGUCGCCGGCCGCCGCUGCCCCGACUCCAGCCCGCGGCGCCCGGGGAAGGGAGAAGUGGGCGAGCGCGCCCUCGCCCAGCCCCGCGCCCCAGCCCUGCCCGGCGAGGGAGGACCGGGAAGAUGAACAACGGCAGCAAAGCCGAGAAGGAGAACACCCCGAACGAGGCCAACCUUCAGGAGGAAGAGGUCCGGACUCUCUUUGUCAGCGGUCUCCCUCUGGACAUCAAACCUCGGGAGCUAUAUCUGCUUUUCAGACCAUUUAAGGGCUACGAGGGUUCUCUUAUAAAGCUCACAUCUAAGCAGCCCGUAGGUUUUGUCAGUUUUGACAGUCGCUCAGAAGCAGAAGCUGCCAAGAAUGCUUUGAAUGGCAUCCGCUUCGAUCCUGAAAUUCCGCAAACGCUACGACUAGAGUUUGCUAAGGCAAACACGAAGAUGGCCAAGAACAAACUAGUAGGGACUCCAAACCCUAGUACUGCUCUGCCCAACACUGUACCUCAGUUCAUUGCCAGAGAGCCGUAUGAGCUCACAGUGCCUGCACUUUACCCCAGUAGCCCUGAAGUGUGGGCCCCGUACCCUCUGUACCCAGCGGACUUAGCGCCUGCGCUGCCUCCUCCUGCUUUCACCUACCCCGCUUCACUGCAUGCCCAGGUUCCCAGCCCCCCACCUGCCAUGGGGCUGUGCCCCCGCCCCAUCCUUUACUACCUGUCUCAGGAAGGCAGCUCCAACUCUGCCCUUUGCUUAGUGAGCAAGUGGAUUCAGAUGCACAAAGCCAUAAGCCAUGGAUGCGCUGGCUCCCUCCCUCCGAGGCUACUUCUCAGGGCUGGAAGUCCCGUCAGUUCUGCUGAAUCCUACGUUCCAGGUGUGUGAUGGUGGCUGCAAUCUGUCUUGUGGGUAUUAAUGCAAUCUUCAAGUGGCUACUGUUCUCGAGCUGUUCUGCAAAACUGGAGCGUGCUGGCUUGAGAAACACCGCGCCCAGUUUUGAGCCCUUCAAGACUUUGCCACAGCCUCUAUCACACAUCUGUCUUUCUCAAAGAAAAAAAUAUAUAUAAUAAAAAGUGUUUUACUCUUUUACACUGUAUAAUUGUAAGAAAUAGUGUGUUAUUUGUGAACGCAUGGUCUGCCAUUUCUGUACAGUUUGGAGAUAUUUUCAAAUGAAACAUAAAAGAUGUCAAUGAUAAAACCAAGAGAGUGAGUAUUUUUAUACCAAACAUUUUAAGUAUGACAGGAUGGAUGAUCUUACACUGGGUUGGAUCACACAUUUUGUGCUUGACUUUUGAAUGCUUGUAAUUUAAAAUAUCUAUUUUUUUCCCUCUAAAAUAAGCUGCAUGUUUGAGGCAUGGUUUGGAAUUUUCAGGAUCAUAUGGUGAAUGUAUAGAAAUCUGUUUACCUGGCCUGGGUCCGUGAGUAACGUGACGACAGAGGUUAGAGCUGCUGGUGUGGUGCCUGGUGCAGAUUCCUCAUCAAGGUGCACCCUUAAACAUGCCCAGCAGCUCCAGAGGUGACUGUACAAACUGUGUGUGAAGUUCUGGGUCUUGCCUUUUUCUUCUAACAGCAGGCUCCUGCGUUGAGCCCCGCUGACGCACGACACCCCCAGUGGACGUGCUGAGUCUGAAGGGGAAGCCUCCGCUUGGGAGCCCAGCCCUGCCAACGUGGCCGCAGUGGGCACCUCCCAGCCGAUUUGCAGAAUGUCAGUUGAAUUGAGCUGGUGUUCCUGAGUCUUGGCAGCACCAGGCCAGAUGAACCAUUUAAAAACCUGACCUUGAAUCCCGCUGUACUCACUGGGACACUUUGCCACACUGGCCUGAGGGAAGAUGCGUGAGCAAUGACGAGAGGUCAGCUUGCUUCAAGACUCCCUCCAUGCGCGGGUCAGUCCCGUGUGGGAAGCUGACACUCUUCCAGGGUCACCUCACGCUCUCCCCACUGUGGAAGAGCAGCCGUGUGUAAACAUACAUUGACCUAUGAAUUUUUAACUGCUGACAUACUAAACAUGACCACAAGCUCUCUUAUUGAUCUGCUCACAGUGUGCUGAAGAUUUUGAUGUUCUAAUGAUUAUAUAUAAUCAUUAUAUAUAACUGGUGUUGGGUUUUUAGUUUUCUUAUUUUCUAUUAGAAAUCAAGGUGUCAAGACGCUUUUAAAGGUCAUCACAAAACAAACAAGAGCCAAGGGUGAGAGGCUCUUAAACUUAUGAGAAAUGCUGGCAAGGGGUGUCCCCAGUGCACCCAAGCGCUGUUGAGGCCUCCAGCGCCACCUGGUUCAUGGUGACAGUUCUGGACUCUUUGUUUCCAAGGAAAACAGAGCAACUUCCACACGGUCUGUUCUGCUUUUAUAAACUGUUUAAAGGUACUUUUCUAUUGUCAUUUUUAAAAAUAAAGUGCUAAUUCCAGCUGUCACACCA